CCCCAGCACCAUCAGUAUUCCACGAAGCUGAAACUGAGGAUGAACAGAGACAAAAUGACGACGAUGGCGAUGUCGAUGACGAUGAUGAUGGCAGUCGUUGUGGUGUUGACCUGUGUGGGAGGAGGUGCUCAAGCAGCUGGCUUUACCACUGCUGUCCACCCGCUCACCAGCUAUGGCUACUCGGGUGCCAGCUAUGGUAGCAUUGCCAAGUCGGUCACCGGUUCCGCCACACUCUCUGCCACACCAUGGUCAUCCACUACCAUGGCAGUCAUUGUUCUGACUGAGGAGAGCCUUGCUCAUGACAUUGUCAAUGCCCUGGUCACCUCCCCGCCCAGAGCCCUUGUCCUGGUCCUGCCAUCCCCGGACGCCGCAUGGGCUGCCGAGGUUGUGGCGGCGAUGGAGACAGAGCUGAUGUGGGCCAAGAUUGAGUGCCCGGUGAUGAUGGCCUUUGCCGACGAGAUCGGUGAGGAAGGCAUGAAGGAGCUCGACGAGCUGACGCUGAGCGUCAAGACGUCGGCCAAGGAGAUCAAGACUGGCGAUGCUGCCAAUGUCGAGGCGUGGCUGAUCGGCUCGCAGGGCGAGCGCGCAAAGACCAUUGUUGUCGCUGCCCACUAUGACGCGCUGGCGGCGGCCCCGAGCCUGGCUUCGGGCUCGGACGCCAAUGGCGCCGGUCUUGUGGCACUGCUCUCGGUCGCACGCUCGUUUGGUCGGCUUUAUGCGACCGAAAAGACGCGUGGGGCGUACAACGUGGUGUUUGUGGCGACCGCUGCCGGCAAGCUCGGCUUUGCCGGUGCCAAGGCCUGGCUCGCCGACGCAUCGGCCAUGCAGCUCCGCAACGUCGAGCUGGUGGUCUGCGUUGACGCGCUCGGUGCGCCCGGCGUCAACCUCCUCUCCACUGACGUGCCGCAGUCUGGCAAGAAGCGCGGGCCGGCGGGGUCGGCAGCUUCGGACGCGUUCGAGGCCGCGCUCGCCGAGCUCGGGGCCGGCAAGAUCGAGCUCGAGCUCGACCCGGAGGCCCGGACCUACGCCUUUGAGCACGAGCGCUUUGCCCGCCGCGGCCUCGCGGCGUACACUGUCUCGUCGCACAGCGCGCCGUACAACAUGCUGCGGACCAAGACAGCGGCCGUUGCCGGCGCUUACGACGCGGCCGACCGCGACGCGCUCGUUGCCAACAUCCACACUGUCACCACCGCCCUCGUCCGGGUCGUCUUUCCGCAUCUCGGCCUCGCCGCCGCCGCCGACCUUGCCCGCCCCGAUGCCGGCUUUGUCGACGCAUGGGCCUCGUACCUUGAGGCCACGCCGCGGUUUGCGCCGCUCCUCGCCACGCCUACCGGCGCCCCGGUUGUCGCCGCCAUCACCAAGGCCCUCAAUUCGGCGCUGCCCGCCGCAGACGUGACCGCCUCGGACUUUAAGCUCGUCGUCCCGUACACCUUUACCGCGCCGACCGCUUCCGCCGAGCUCUCGGCCUACAAGCAGACCUCGCCCAUCUACGACCUGCUCGCCUUCCUCGCCGCUGGCGCCUACGUCGUCGGCGUCUAUGCAUACUUUGUCGGCCCGUCGGCAGCCGUCGCCGCCGUCCUCUCGUACGUCACCUCCAAGCCGUCAUCUGCUACCAAGGCCAAGACUAAGAAGUCCAAGUCCAAGAAGGAGUAA